AGGACUGUAAGAGGCAAGCCGAGGGGAAGUACAAGGUGAGCUGCUUCUUGAAGUUUCCUGAGCUGCCAUGUGUGUUCAGAGACUUUCAGAGAUCCUGUGUCUCUGAGCUGCAACCACAGCUUCUGUUCGAGCUGCCUGCAGACAUUCUGGGAACAAAAUAGGCCUACCUGGACAAAGUCAUCGACCUGAACUGAAUACCAAAGUACAUUUCCCUCUGAAAGACAUCCUGACUCCAUCUGCUGGUGAAUAAAUGACAUAGCAGCAUUUCCUGAUGUUGAUAAUUCACCCUGUGACGGAGGGCAGAGAAAACGAAAGAGGAUUUUGACAUUGUUGAACAGAGCUGAGACGCCAUUACAGGGUGUGAGAUCUCUGCUGCGAGACACGUUUGGAGUAUAUUUGGGGAGAAGUGGAGAGACAUUGGAAGUUGAUAGGCCUACCUGGACAAAGUCAUCGUCCUGAACUGAAUACCAAAGUACAUGUCCCUCUGAAAGACAUCCUGACUCCAUCUGGUGGUGAAUAAAUGACAUAGCAGCAUUUCCUGAUGUUGAUAAUUCACCCUGCGACGGAGGGCAGAGAAAACGAAAGAGGAUUUUGACAUUGUUGAACAGAGCUGAGACGCCAUUACAGGGUGUGAGAUCUCUGCUGCGAGACACGUUUGGAGUAUAUUUGGGGAGAAGUGGAGAGACAUUGGAAGUUGGUGAGUCCUGCUAUUGAAAAUAACUUUAAUAUCAAAUGGCUGAGAAAACCGCUCUUCUUGAAAGUUUCCUGAGCUGCCAUGUGUGUUCAGAGACUUUCAGAGAUCCCGUGUCUCUGGGCUGCAACCACAGCUUCUGUUCGAGCUGCCUGCAGAAAUUCUGGGAACAAAGUAAGAACAAAAACUGUCCCAUUUGUAAAAGAAAAUCUUCUAAAGUUAAUAUUUUGGUGAACUUUGCAAUGAAGGAGCUGGCUGACUCAUUUGCAGAGAGACAGAAAGCUAGAUCAUCUGAGACAGAAAAAGGAGAGAAGAAGGUGGACGUGGUGUGUAGUAAACAUCCAGAACAGCCUAGAUUGUUCUGUAAGGAUGAAGAGAGAGCUGUGUGUCCUGUCUGUGAGUUUUCUCUCCACCAGAGUCACGAGGUGGUUCCUGUAGAACAAGCAGUCAGUGAGCUGAAGGACCUGCUGAAAUCUGACUUAGAGUCUCUGCAGGACAAGAGGGACAAAUACAAAGGAGUGGAGGAAACAUACAAGGAAGUGAUUCAAGUGUCCGAGAAGCAGCUGCUGUCCACAGAGAGGCAGAUCAGAGCAGAGUUCAUCAAGCUCCAUCAGUUCCUGAAAGAGGAAGAGGAGUCCAGACUGGCAGCUCUGAGGGAGGAAGAGGAGCUGAAGGGGAAGACUAUCAGCAGAGAGAUGAAGAGCAUUCAGGAGCACAUCUCCUCUCUGUCACACAGUAUCUCUGCUGUUGAAGAAGAGCUGCAGAAACACAACGGGCCCUUCCUCAGCAGUUACAAAGCCACUCAGAGCAGAGCCAGAGUCCAGAGCUCACUGUCAGACCCACAGCUGCUCUCAGGAGCGCUGACAGAUGUGGCCAAACACCUGGGCAACCUGUCCUUCAGAGUCUGGGAGAAGAUGAAGGACCAGGUCCACUUCAGUCCUGUCCUUCUGGACCCAAACACUGCAGGCAGAUGGCUCUCUCUGUCUGAUGAUCUGACCAGUGUGAGACAUGGAGGCAAAGAUCAGCAGCUUCCUGAUAAUCCAGAGAGAUUCACUAAGUAUCCUAAUGUUCUGGGCUCUGAGGGCUUCAGCUCAGGGAAACACAGCUGGGAGGUGGAGGUGGGAGAUCAUCCUGACUGGAAUAUAGGUUUGACUAAAGAGUCAGCUGACAGGAAGGGAAAGAGACGUGCCUCACCAGAAUAUGGAAUCUGGUGUUUAGCACAUAGCAGUGGAAAAUACACUGAUGGUGCUGGUAAGACUGUCAGAGUGAAGAAGAAUCUCCAGAGGAUCAGAGUCCAGCUGGACUAUGACAGGGGGGAGGUGUCCUUCUACGACCCUGAAGACAUGACUCCCAUCUGCACUCUCACAGACACUUUCACUGAGAAACUCUUCCCAUAUUUCAGUAUUGGAAAAGCUGGUGAUGCUAAAACUGCUGAUAUCAAAAUCUAUCAAAGUGAGAUUUCUCUGUGAUGUUCAGGAGUGUUGGUUCAGACUUUAUUCUGACUUCGUCUGUCUGGAUCCUUUUGAAAUAAUCAAGGUAAAAAACAACAGAUGAUAAUCAGAAUUUAAUUUGAGUCUGUAAGAUUUUAAAUGUUAAGAAGAUUUGAUCAUGUUUUAUUUACAGAGUUUUACACGUUUUACUCAAAGUCUCAGUGCAACAAAACUAAUGAUUUGUUUAUUUUUAUAGUUUAUCAUUUUGUUAUACUUUAUUAUCAUGUUUUUAUAGCUUUAAUGUCAUGAGAUUGUUUGAUUAUGUUUUUUGUGAAUUCUUGGCUUUUAAGAAAUGUAUUCAUUUUGUAUGUCGUGCUGAAACUGCAUGAAAUAAACCAAACUAACAAAUGAAAGCUGUCAAUUCUCCUUUUAUCAACAUCUAGUUAAUAAUGAGACACUAUAUAGCACUAUAAGUCAUGAGUUUAACUUUCUGAUAUUUGUAGGUCUUUUGAUGAAUUAUGUUUAGAUAUGGAUAUAUUGUUUUACUCUCCACGGGCAAGUCAUUUAAUACUUCUAUUUCAUUCUUUCAUUGUUGCAAUGUUUCUUUGGGACGUUUUCCGUACUGUAUACAUGGACGAUAACAUUUAUUGUGAUUGAAAAUGUCAUUUUUUUUAUCAACCUGAAAGGAAUCACAGCUGUAGAAUGAAGUUUAGUAUUUGUAAUGCUGCUUCAGAUAUCUUAUGAUUCAAUAACCAGCAGUUUGAUGCAGAAAUGUGUCUCUGAACUUGAUAUUGGUUUCUUCAGGUGAAUCUGUCAUAUGUGACAAAUUACAAAUAUAAAUGACAAAAGACAAUUGUACAACAAACUAUAAUAUAAAUAAAUAAUUCUUAAUGAUUUAA